AGGACCUUGGGCACCGACUCUACUGAAGACACUGGGUGUCGGUCUACCACUAAGGGUGAGUCACUUAUAAUGCAUUCAGAUUGAAACCAUUGAGAACCUUAACACAACACUAGGUUACUUCCUGGAACUGCAGUACUGCAGCUGUGUAUGUUUUGAAUCAUUUUAGGCAAGGCACAUCACUGUGUGUUACUGGAAAGUGAAGAAAGAUGGAUUUAGUGCUGAGGAUGGCUACCCAACUUGGUACAGUAAGAUCAUAACCUCAAGAGGACAUCAAGGAUAUAUUUACAGCACGCCAUGUUUUGAAUUUCCUGAUUUGAUUAAGGUUUGUCCCUCAACAUCUUCACUCUUUUGUUUAAGGGGGAGGGGAAGGUGCUAAGAAAGGACGAAGCUUAAACGUGGUUGUGUGAAGGUUUACUAGGGAAAACUGCGAUGUUUCGAGCGAAAGAAAAAAGCGAGACAGGGGAAUGUACGUAACGCUUGACAAAGCCUUUCACUUGCUAGGUGUGUUACCACGAUGGACCAGAUGUGGACCCAGAAUCACGUGAUAAAGUAGAUGUCACGUGGACAGUGGAUGCAGCAGCAGAAUUUGUUAAGCAGCAUCUGAAAGGAGUGGAGAGCAAGCCAAGUAUUGUUCAAAGCUGCAUCUAUACUAUGUAUGCUCCACUUCAAUAUUUUAUACAAGAAAUUGGCUAAAGCCUGGUUUAUCAAAGUUUCUGUGAUCACAAUAAGAAUUUUGCAUCGGUAAAUUCUACGUUUUGCAAGUUUUGUAAGGAAUGUUUGACAUUAGCCUAUGAUUCAUAAAUUGGUCCUUCACCGUCACGUGCGUAUUGUAUUUUUGCCCAACUAAACAAUGUUUUAGGAAAGUUACCUGUCUGUGACUCGAACAAUAGGGUAAAUUGGAAAUUGCUAUUGGUGGAUUUGGCAAAAAUACAAUACACACGUGACGGUGAAGGACCAGAUUUAUGAAUAAAUGUUGACUAACAUUUUAGAUAAUGAGUUAUAUUGUUAUUUAAUGAGUUUCACAGUCAUCUUCCCUUCGAUAGGCUAUGGUUUGAGGGAACUAACUCAUGUGUUAAACACUAACUAAAGUCAGUUUCCUCCUACUGUGGUCACAAAAACUUUGAUAAUUUAAACCAGUCUUAGCAGUAACCAUUGGCUCAUUUUCUUGCAUAAUACUAGAUCUUAACUAGAAUUAUUUAUAUUUUUUAGGUUUCACAGAAAAGGCCAUGUAAGUUACUUCUAUUUCUCCCUCCAUUUUAAAUCUUCGACAACCUUCGGAACCCUUUGACACCACAUUCGCUUACUGCUUCACAAUCAUGAUUCCUUUGCUUUGGGUUUUGUUUACUUUAUGAAUUAAUGACAACGAUUUUUUUACAGCGAACACCAGAUAGAACAUGUAUUUUGGACAAACAUCCUCGUUUCAAGAAUAUUAUUCUCGGAGUCGGUUUUUCUGGUAGGUUUACGUUUGCGAAGUUUUACUGUAGAAGUAGCUGUUCUCCAUGCCAUCUAGCCACAAUCCUGUGCUUGAAAUGUUCCAAUGUCUUUAAAUUGUUUUGAAAAUCUCAUUGUUCUUUAUGCCAUCCAGUUUCAUGAUGCAGUGAUCAGAAUGUUCCAUUGUCUUUUCAUUGUUUUGAAAAUCUCAUUGUUCUCCAUGCCAUCCAGUUUCAUGAUGCAGUGAUCAGAAUGUUCCAUUGUCUUUUCAUUGUUUUGAAAAUCUCAUUGUUCUCUAUGCCAUCCUGUUUCAUGAUCCAGUGAUGAGUGUGUUCCAUUGUCUUUUCAUUGUUUUGAAAAUCUCACUGUUCUCCAUGUCAUCCAGUUUCAUGAUCCAGUGAUCAGAAUGUUCCAUUGUCUUUUCAUUGUUUUGAAAAUCUCACUGUUCUCCAUGCCAUCCAGUCAUGCGUUGUUUUGAGUUAUUUUUCGCAUUGAUUUACAGAGCAAAUUGUUUCAAUUUUAGGAGCCGGAUUUAAGCUUUCUCCUGUUUACGGCAAGAUCUUGUGUGAACUUGCAUUUGACUUGAAGCAUUCGUAUGAUAUCCGACCAUUUCGUUUGGACAGAUUUGAAAAUCUUCCCAAGUCUUCACUUUAACUAAGAUGUUGUAAGGUCAGUAGAAACUUUACCACAGUCAACUAUUUACACCAAGGAUUUCA